UGUUGUGCCAGGAAUAGUUCCUUUAACACAAGCCACAUUAACCGGGCUUACAGUGACCGAGUCACCCCUGAUCGGAUUUUCUGCUCAGAAUUUUCUCGGUUUUGUUGGUUAGACAUGGCGUUACUUUGUAGAAGUAGAUAUACGUGAUGUUGUUUGGGGUAGACCUAUUUUGGGAACACUUUUACGCACUAAAGAGUGGAUUUCGUUAAAGAGUUCGUGUUUUGCUUUUCACUUUUCCCUUGACUUUAUUUAAUGGUAAACGCCGUCGUUAUGUUUUCACUCUUGUAUGGAUUGUUAUGUUUUUGUGCGUUGGGCUGCGGUCAACUAGCAAUUGGACAACCGGACGAUGGAAAGCGUUACAUCUGCCGGGCAGUACCCAUCAGCGGCGAUGUCAGUUGCCCCGUGACACUGCUACCCGAGCUAAACACCGGGAGCCAGGAAGAGGAGCUCCGGAAUACUGUCAUGCAGCUUCGAGAGACAAUUUUACUUCAGAAAGAAAAUAUUUCCAAACAGCUUGGCACCAUCAACGAGCUAACCAACAAGCUGUCCCUGUGCGCCUCAGCCACAGACGAUAAGAAGUACGAGAAGGGGGGUUCGUGGGGAAAAGAAAAGCAGAACACAAUGGGGGAUGUUCCCAGAGAUCCAAAUGACACCAUCGACAGCCUUGGAAAAACCAUGCAGGGGCUCAAGGACCGGUUGGAGAACUUGGAGCAACAACAAAUGCGGGCCAACGUAUCGGGCACCUCGUUCCCCAGUGAGCUCCGCGACCUCCUGCAGCGUCGGUUAGGGGAGCUGGAGAAACAGCUCCUAAAGAAAGUCAGCAACCUGGAGGAGGAGAAGAGCAUGCUGUCCAACGCCACGGCCGCCUAUAGGCUGAAGACCGAGAGCACGCUGAACGCUCUGGUGGAGAGGAUCAGUGAGCUGGAGAAAGGUGGAGGAGACUUCUUAUCCCCAGAACAGUUCAAGCUUUCCCUUCCACAGCGGACAAACUACCUGUACGGCCGCAUCACUAAGAGCCUGCCAGAGAUGUAUGCCUUCACACUCUGCAUGUGGAUCAAGUCCAGCGCCAGUCCUGGCAUAGGGACGCCCUUCUCUUAUGGUGUACCAGGGCAGGCGAAUGAGAUUGUGCUGAUCGAAUGGGGAAAUAACCCAAUAGAGCUGCUCAUCAAUGACAAGGUUGCCCAGUUGCCAUUGGAGGUACGUGAUGGAAGGUGGCACCACAUCUGCGUCUCCUGGACCACGCGGGAUGGUCAGUGGGAGGCUUAUCAAGAUGGUGGGAAGCUGGGAACUGGUGACAAUCUGGCAGCCUGGCACCCCAUCAAACCCGGGGGAGUCAUCAUCCUCGGACAGGAGCAGGACGUGGUGGGUGGGCGCUUUGAUGCCGGACAGGCUUUUGUGGGCGAGCUGAGUCAAGUGAACAUUUGGGACCGAGUUCUUAAGCCGGUCGAGGUGCAGUCUAUGGCUAACUGCAGUUCUUAUAUGCCUGGAAAUGUGAUCUCCUGGCUUGCAAGCAAUGUUGAAGUAUUCGGGAGGGGUGCGUUCAAGCGUCCCUUGGAGAUGUGUCAGGAGCGACUGCCCAAUGCUUAAAACUCAUCUGUCUGCCUCUCUUUAGAUUUCCAUCCAUUCAGUACUUUUUUAAUUGCUUAUGGACUCUGUGUUAUACAUUGAUUGUUUUAUAUCAUUUGCUUAGAGAGAUAUUUGUGAUUUGUGAUACAGAUGGGAUCUCCUAAAUUGAAAUGCACUCACAUGACGUAACAUUUGGACAAUCUGUAGCAGUGAAUGUGUGUUCAAAUUGUCAUGUGGAGGCUCAACACCUUCACUGACUAAUGGCAAUCAGACAGCUAUGUCCUUCAAUACACCCGCAACCAUGGUUAAAGGUUCCCUCAGGUUUUGCUGCUAAGACACACCCCCAUCCCCACACACCCUUCUCUCCACUCUCAAAAGCUUGAAAGAAGUAAGGGAAGUCCACUCUAGCCCGGCACAGACUCACGCAUACUGCUACUACUACAAAUACACCAAGGUCCAGACUAACUGGCAGUUUGCAGUUGACAUGUGACUUGGAGUUGCGUGCUGUGUGGGAGUAAGUAGCAGGAAAGAUUAAAGGUCUGGCUAAUGUUGUGUCUAUUACUUAACUAGGGAACAGGCUUAGAGCCAACAUCAAUCAAACUUCAGACCCUGACAUGUUUGGUCAUUUUUAAGGGGAACAUAACCGGUAAAGUACAAUUUGGCACUUUAUGAGUCAUGUGGUACUAGCUGGUAGGAGCAUGUGACUUAUUUCAAGUAUGCUUAUUUCUCUGGUAGAAAUACUGUUGAUUUAGUUUUUCAGUUUACAUACGAGUAAAAAUUCUUAUUCUUGGCAUGCAUAACUGAUACCAGUGAUACUAGUGAGUCUAUCACAGUGCUUUUUUCCCCUUGCCUUUUCCAUUUGAACAAAACCUGUUUAAAUGGUGAAUCAUGUUGAAAAUAUAUUCAUAGCGUCAAUGUUGUGAAAUAUUUUUUUAUCCGUGAUUUGUAAUAUUGUUGCAGUGGAUUGUCUAAGCAAGCAUUCAACAAAAAAAAAUUAACAGACCUAUCAAAAUGCUCAAAAUUGUAUUUAAAAUGUAUGAUAAUCGUUUGUAUAUGUAACCUAAUUUUUCAUUAUUUAGUAUCUGUAUCCAGAAAAAAAAUAUUUUUUUUAAUGUAAUUUCUGAUUUUAGCACACGUAUAAGUCAUUGUCUAUCUUGUCUCUUGGCCUUCUUAUGGAGAAUUAAGUGCCAUUAAAUGUUUUCUAAAUGUUGUAAAUUAUUUACUUUGCCAAUAAAUGAAA